AUGGCAGACAUGUUGCAUAAGGCUAUUCAAGCAAUGUCGUUGGAAGAGGAGGAACCGCUUACGCUCCCAGACAGCCCCAGAUUCCGAGUGUAUGAUGAGAAUGAAACUAGUUUGCUGGGUUGUUUGUUGAAUCCUGACUGCCAAUCAAUGCGUGAAGAAGAUCUUCAAACGGUGUUGAAGGAUAGACCAUGGUCCUAUAACCAUUGGGCCAUGGUGAUUGAUCGAUGGACUCCAAACCCACCCGAAGAUUUCCUUCAACACAUGGAGUUAUGGAUUCGUAUCCGCCACAUUCCUGUGAAUCUGUUCACAACAGAUACGAUGUAUGCUUUGGCUAAGGAAGUGGGCAAGGUGGAGGUGAUUGCGUACGAUCCUAAAGUUUCUCAAACCAAAGAUUAUAUCAGAGCUAAGGUUCUAUUAAAUGUUGACAACCCAGCGAAGGCCUCCAGGAAGCUUACUGUCUCUAAAGAGUCGACAGUAACAAUUGAGUUCAAAUAUGAAAAGAUUCAUAAACGUUGCUUUCACUGUCUUCGUCUUACUCACGAAAAACUUCGAUGUCCUCUUCUAAGGAGAGGAACUCAUAAUGGCAAGAUGAUGACACAAACACCGCGUCCUGUGACUGUGGCUCCUCUAGUUACAGAUCCGCUUGAAGGGCCACCGGGUUUCCCUAUAUUAUUUCCGGAAUUGUCAAAAGAAGAUAUGAAGAUGGCUAUGUUGUACAUCUCUCAUGCUGAUGAGACUGAAAGAAGAGCUAGGAUACAGCGUGUGCAACAAGGAUUCAAAGAGAACAAAGCAGAGUCUUCGAUCAGGUUGACAAAAAUCACCAAGGAACUAGACAAAGGAAAGUGGCAUGUUUUCUCCUAUCAGGAUCAUGGUUCAGACAAGUUCAGGAGCUCGGGGUCUGGUCAGAGAUCUUACUCUAAGCUAACCAUUUGCGAUAAGGAGGAAGGAGAUACAGACUCUUCUGCUUCGUAUCUUUCAGCUUGCUCAAAACCUGUUCUUCCUACGGGUUUUCGGCUUGGCCCUUCUUCGGGAGGGCGAGUCUCCGGGACCCAGGGGACGAGCAAGGCUUCAAGGAGACGGCCUUCGUCCUGGAAAAGGAAAGUCUUUGCAAACUCCAAUCAAACGAUCAUCAACGGUGCUCCAUUGUCUUCUUCCAAAGCCGGCAGCACCAAAAGGAAACCAACUCCUCUUGUUCCUGCAGAAAACAUGUCAUUCAAAGUCUCAGACUAUACGGUGGCUUCGGUUUUGAAGCCACUGCCUUCCCAAUGA